AUGGCGCGGCUCCGCUCAGUCCAUCCUCGGGAGCGCGGUGCGCGUCGGAGACACCCGCGGCCCGGCGGGAAGCGCGCGCGGGUCCUGCCCGUCGCGGCGUGGGCUCGGGGGGCGCCGGGCGGCCCCGAUUGGGCCGCAGGGACCGAAGGGAGGGCCCGGCCCCGCGCCGAACUUGGCCCUGCGAGCUCUCGGCGCGGCGAGCAGACCGCGGGCGGCGGGCUGGGCGGGGCGGGGGCCGGGCGGGGGCGGGGCGGGGCGGGAUCCGCCCGGGGAGGCGCUCCGGGGAGGGCGCGGCGCGCGGGGUCCCCCGGGACCCGCCCCGGACCCGCCCGCCCGCGCGCUCUGAGGGGCCCGCCGGCCCGGGGUCCGCCCGCCGGGAGAGGGCCCGGCCCGGGGUCCGCCCGCCCGGAGAGGGGCCCGGCCCGGCCCGGUCCGCGCCCCAGCGGGUCCCGCCGCCCCGGGUCCGCCUCGAGAGGGACCCGCGGGCCCGGGACUCGCUCCCGACCCGGAGGCGAGCGCGCGGCGCCCAGACCUGUUGUUGGGCGGAGACAAUGGAGCGCCGGGAGGCAGCGGGCAGGGCGGGCCGGGGGGCGGGCCGGGGGGGGGGGGCCAGCGCCGGGACCGAGGACCAGGCCGGGGGGGACAGCGCCGAGGACCGGGCUGGGGGGGGACAGCGCGGGGACCGGGCCGGGAGGGACAGCGCCGGGCACCCGGCCGGGAGGGACAGCGCCGGGCACCCGGCCGGGAGGGGCGGCACCGGCACAGAGGACCCGACCGGCAGGGACAGCGCCAGGGACAGGGCCGGCAGGGACAGCGCCGGGGACCGGGCCGGGGGGGACAGCGCCGGGGACCGGGCCGGGAGGGGCAGCACCGGCACCGGAGACCCGGCCGGGGGGACAGCGCCGGGGACCGGGCCGGGAGGGGCAGCGUGGGGACCAAGGACCCGGCCGGGGGGGACAGCGCCGGGCACCCGGCCGGGAGGGGCAGCACCGCACAGAGGACCCGACCGGCAGGGACAGCGCCAGGGACCGGGCCGGCAGGGACAGCGCCGGGGACCAGGCCGGCAGGGACAGCGCCGGGGACCGGACGGGCAGGGGCAGCGCCGGGCACGGGACCGGGCCGGAGGGCGGCGCGAAGGACGGAGCCCGGGGGUCGGCGCCGGGCGGGCCGGAGGAGGCUGGCCGGGGGCGAGGCAGGCGCGCCGCGUCCCCCUCCCCCGCCGCCCCUGCGCGUUGGCGGCUCCCAGGUGCCCGGCUGCUGGGGGUCCCGCUGCCCGGCGAUCUCGGGGCGCGCGUCUACGAAGGGCCGCGGAGGACGACCCCGGCGCCGGGCACAGGGAGGCGGCGGGGCCGCUCGGGGCACCAGCGCGCGGCGGGCGGAGGGGCGCGGCCGAGCCGCGGACACGGGGCCGAGCGCGCAACUUGGCCGGGGACAGUCGGGCCUCGCGCGCCCCCUGCCCGCGCGCCCGGCGCCUGGGGGUCCCCAGCCCGCGACGCUGCGGGGCGCUGGCCGGGAGCGGGGGCGCCUGCGGGGCUGACGGGCCCGGCCGAAACCCCCUGCUGCCCGCGGUCGGACGCCCUGGACUGCGCGCCCCGAGGCGUACAGCGGACACGGCUGACCUAGACCAGUGGGACGUCAUUGUUUUAGUAGGAUCCUGCAGUGCUCAGGUGGCUUCUGAGUGCUCGCACUCGGCUGUCAUCGGCAAAGGAGCGCUGGCAGCAGGGUUCGA